UCUUGCUCUUGUUUUCAGACCAUAUUAGCCAUUAAAGGGUAUGGGAAACAAUCACAUGAAAUGAUUGCUUCUUGGCAAAAGUCCCUGGAUGUUGCCUCAUAUCCUUGUUUGCACACAUGUGUGCAAUGACUGGGCUUUCAACACUUUCCCAGCACUGACAAGAGUGCUUUACAACAUGGUUGUAUGUUAAGUGUCCUCUUGAUGAUGUGGAAACCUUGAGGUGCUAAGUGUAUACGUGACGAAGUUGAACAUGGAAGUUGAUGGACUUGCCGGACGCAUGGUGAAACUCAUGUCUACAGAUGAUGCUCAGUCGAAUAAGUUCCUUAUCGGAGGCCAGCUAUUGAUUGAUUGAUUGAUUGAUUUAUUUAUUUAAGCCUCGGAAACACAUUGAGGAAUAAGACCCUCAUUUACAAUGGUGCCGAGGGUACAAUGAAUAGUUAAUACAUUAUAAAAAAAAUAAAGAAAUAAAAUGAAAAAAAUAAAUAAAUAAAUAAAUAUGCAUAUAAAAUAGUACAGGAGUACGAGGGAACGAUCAUAAAUAACAAUUUUGAAUAUUCAGUAAAAUACUAUGGUUGAGUCAACAGUUACAAUCAUUGCACGAGAAGUCAGUUGUACAUGUGAUAAGAUUUAAGAAUUCUCUUAGUGUCCCUAUAUGUUUGUGUGUUCUGAGAUAACGAGAUACAUUGUGGACUGAGGUCAAAUGAUUGUCUCAGGAAAAUAACACCAAGUACCCUUGUGAAAUCUUUCAGGUAUCUAAAAGGGGUUAUUUGAUUACGGGAAACACUGUAAUGCAAAAAAAAAACCUGUUGUUUUUGUUGUCAUGCCAUUUGGAUCACAAGGCUCUCCCAUGAUGCUCUUGGUUUUACUUUCAAUGUUAAGUCAUGAUGACAGGGCCAUGGGUACAUAUCAUGUUUUUAACAUAACUGACCAUCUUGUGACUAGUCGAACUUCCCCCAGUGCUCACAUCUUUUAAACUACUCAUUGGCCCUUCUGGUUUUUCUGUAAAAGAUGCCCAUCUAACUGGAUAAGUCUUUUAUUAGUUAUAUUUUGGAUUCCUAUCUAAAAACAGGUUUAUACCACAUGGAUUAUAUUACCCAAUAACAAAUCCAUUCAUCUCAUAUAUAGAAUAUAGUGGUUUUGGAGGAGCUGUGUUUACAUGUGGUUACACGGAUCACUGCUGAUUGGGAAAACAGGAAAUAUCAUCACAUCUCUGAUGGAUAAAGAGAGAGAGACUCACAGCAUGACAUUUGCAUCUCUGAGCCUCUGAAGGGUGCCACAUCAAGGGACAUGAUGACAGACCCAAACACUUCCUAUUUGUUUGGUGACUUUGGUGACUUCUACGAUGGCUUCAAUAUCAGUGAGGAGCUGAACUACACAGACAUCACAGAGAACUUCACAGUGAAUCCGCUGACACAGAGCUGUGAGCCUUCCACCUUUGCUUCCGCUGUGAAUAUCGCAACAUGUGUGUUCUACGUGCUUAUAUGCCUGUUGGCCAUUCCCGGAAACCUCAUCGUUGGGCUGGUGAUUGGCUCCAAGAGGCGGGUUCUCUCCGCGUCGGAUGUCUACCUGUUUCACCUGAUGAUGGCUGACAUCCUGCUGGCCCUGUGCCUGCCCUUCUACGCCACGUCCGUGGUGCGGGGCUGGGUGUUCGGUGACGUCAUGUGCAAGCUGAUCAGCAUCCUGACGGAGGUGAGCUUCUACAGCAGCAUCCUCUUCCUGGUGUGCAUCAGCGUGGACCGCUACCAGGUCAUCGUGUGCGCCAUGGAGGUCCGCAAAGGCAAGUGGCGCGUGGGCAGCUGUGUUAUCUGCCUGAGCGUCUGGGGCCUGGGCGUGAUGCUCUCGCUGCCCGCCCUCUACAACGAGGCCUUCCCGGUGAGCGGUCUAAUGAUGUGCUCGGAGCAUUACGAUACGGAGAGCUCAGACGAGUGGCGCCUGGCCACGCGCGUGCUCCGCCACCUGCUGGGCUUCCUGCUGCCGCUGGCCGCCAUGUUGGGCUGUUACGGAGUCACGCUGGCGCGGCUGCUGCGCACGAAUGGCUUCAAGCGCCAGAGGGCCAUGCGCGUGAUCGUGGCAGUCGUGGCCGGCUUCCUGCUCUGCUGGAGCCCCUACCACGUGGCCUUGAUGGCCGACACCCUGCUGCGCACCAAGGCGCUGCUGCACAACUGCCGCACGCGCAUGGCCGUUGACGUGGCCUUGUUCGCCACACAGAACCUCGCUCGGCUGCACUGCUGCGUCAACCCUGUGCUCUACGCCUUCGUGGGACAGAAGUUCCGCAGCAACCUCACGGAGCUGCUCUACAGGAAGGGCGUGCUGGAGAGGGCCUCGGUCAGCCGGAGCAGCAGAUCCACGUCCCAAAUGUCAGACCACCCCUCUACUGUCCUGUGAUCCCCCUGCUGGGCUCAGGG